GAUUCAGAGAAAGCUUGGAGGUGAAGAGAAACCAGCGAGAAUUGACGAGAGUUUUGGAAUUAAGAAGCCGAAAUCCUGAAUCAGCGUUUGUAAUAGGUCGUUUCAGCUGAAAUUCUCCUUCUCAUAUCUGUUUACAGGGCUUAUUUUAAUGAAUUUUCAGGAUGUAUCUUAGUGAACUCUGCUCGCGUUGAUUCUUCACCACUAAGUUGUUUGCCAGAAAACUCUAAUGGGAACUCCUGACGAUUUUUUAUCUGUCUUUGUUACUGAACCUGCCGAAUUACCCAAUGGAAUUCAAGGUUAUAGGGUAAUCACCCAGACCAAUAUAAGAUUAUCAAAGGCAUUAAUGGAAUGAAGAUCUAGUGCUAAGUCCAUUGAGAUGCAAUGCUGUGCUCUAGAUUUUUUUCUAAAAUCCUUGGUUUCAACAAGUUCUUCUCUCUACAAUAGUGUAAGUUUACAGAAAUUCUUGGUGGCGGAGACAGUGGCUGCGGCAGAUGAAGAGUAUGGGAAGUGUGUUCCUCGAAUGGCAGCACGCUUAUCUACAGAUUUAGAAGAAAUCUUGAUUUUUGUCAACAAAAUGAAAGAACAAAAGAUGGCUGGCAACAUGGUUUUGCAUGAUGGUGGAAAUUCGCUGUUGCAUGAUGAAAUUCGCUGUUGCAUGAUCCAACCUUGGGUCAACUUGCAGAGUAAGCGGAGUGCCCUCUAGUGAUGGUACAGACAAGGUGUCUUAUUUCUGCUCAAUAUCUGGAUUGGAAGAGCGGCUGCGGGAUAAAAUCAAGGAGGGUUUAAGGAGGGCUACAGGUCUCUAUGUAGAGCUGAGCAGAGAGGUCUAUGAAGGAGAGGUCACUAAGCUCCAGCGAAAUUAUAUCGAUGAUAGCAACAACACUAUUAGGAGUAUCAGCAUUGAUCUGGCAACUACCCAAGAAACAAGGGAGUUACUUUUGGGCGAACUUUAUUUCGAUGCUCUGGAAAAGGUUGAAGUUGAAGACUCCAUAGUCAUUGAUAUUCAGAGCGGAGCAGUUAAAAAUAAAGGCCCCGUCACUAAUACUUCUUCAAGAACCAACUCACCGGACGAACCAGACCUUGAGGCACCCAUCCCACGAGGCAAUAAUCCACAACCUGGAGGAAAGGUUCUUAAAAUGAUAAAGACAGCCCAGAAUGUUUCACUUCAUGAUCUUGAUGAAGCAAUUACUACACAGAGGAAAGAUGAAGGUAUCUAUUCUUUUCUGAUCAGUCAGAAAGUAUCAGCAGCCAAUAUCCAUGAGGUUGUGAAUAAUCUUGUUCACGAAGGAUUGGCAAAGCGUAAGUAUGGAAUAUUACAGAUUUCUGAGGCACAAAUGCUGGAUUUUGAAUGUUUUUCCCUCAUAAAAAGUGCUUUGGAGACCUCGUUUUUGUCAGUGUUUUUAAGUGCUGCUCGAGGAAUGUGUGGAUUUAGGGGAUCAGAAAUAUUUAUCCCUACUAAAAUACCUGGUGUAAUUUUUCUUCGUAUGAUUAUAAUUCGAGCACCAAAUAACGAGGAUGCCUUCGGAAUGUCAACUCUUUUUUGGUAUAGCAAUGAGAGACAAAAACUAGUCACUCCCGUUGUUGAUAGGUUAAAGCGGAAAGAUAUGAUUAAUUGUGUUGUUCUACUCGCUGGACCUCUUCAAACUGGAAAAUCUGAGUUGGCAUAUCAAAUAUCCAAGAAACUUGGAAGUGAGGAUCUCUUUUUCCCAAUGAUUGAAUCAGAUGAAUACCCAGUGGCUGAGCUAAAAAAGAUCUUGAAGGAUACUAUUCGCCGAGCUGUCAGUCUAAAGAUGAGACAAAACAAGAAGGUGUACGAAGGAGAGGUCGUUGAAAUCUCAUCAAAAGCAACUGGGAGUAGCAGUGGUAUCAAUUGGCAAACUACUUGUGAUAUUGUGAUCGGCUUAAAAACAGAUGCAAAGGAACAGCAUUUCGAGCUCGGUGAACAACUUUCAAAAGCUAUUAUAAAAGAACAGGUAGCCAUUGGAGAUGUUAUUUGCAUUGAUUUCUGUAACCAAGUGGUGACAAGGAUUGGUAGAAGUCCCACUUUUUCAGAAGAAAAAGAUCAUGCGAAAAAUGUAUACGUGGCCCUUCCAAAAGGGGAGAUUCUUAAGGAGGAGAAGAUCCAGGAUAUAACUAUUUACGAUCUCUAUAAGACUGAAAGACGAGGACAUAGUAUAUGUAAGCUAGUGAGAAAGGAAAUGAAUCCAAAAGAAUCCAGAAGCGGUGAUGCUAUAAACAAGGCUAUUGAAAGUUUAGUAAAACAAAAAGUGAUACAACCACAACGAGGGGUUUUAUUCAUUGAUCAGGUGGACAGCUUGGACGAAAAGAUCCUUUCCUUCAUUUGCAAGAUCAUGAAAUAUUCAGAGAAUGUCUUUCCAGUAUUAAUGUUCUCCACGGAGAAGGAUAUAAGUGAACUUAGUUUAACUGGCAUGCCCAAGAACAUAUUGGAACAUAUGGUUAUUGUACAUACUCAAGCAUGUGGGCUGCCAGAAAAUUCGAUAAAGGAAUUAGAACCAAGGACUCUGUGUACUGUUCCUGCAUUAGAAAAGGAGGUUAAGUUUAUAGAUGCCUUCCAACUUGUAAGCGCAUCUUUCGGUGCUGGUGCAAUAGCAAGUAUAGUUCUUGCUGCUGCAAACUCGGACACUCCACCACAUACAUUUGGCUUUCUGAUCGGUGCGUUUGUAUGUUGCAAUUCAUCUUUGCUUCAUUAUCUACAUGUGGCUUUCGACUUGCAAAGUUCAAUUAAAGAAGCCAAGGACUCUAAGUCUACCAAGGAGAUCUGGAUAGACAGAUCAAAGGUGAAGGUGCUUAGACGGCAGGUCUUGUUGGGCUUUUUUGCUGGAACUUGGGGUGUUGGAUGGGUCAUAGCCUCUCUGGUAGCAUAUAUUUUAAGAAAAUUUAAUAAUCCGACUUUGAUGUUUGUUGCAUUGUUGGUUGUACUUGGUGGUAGCUAUGUAUGGUUUGUGAAAAAAAUCUGGAAGCAACUAACAGCUAUGUGGUGCUGUGAGGAACAAAGAACACUUUGAGAAUUGAAUGCGAAGUCUAUAUUUCCAGCAGCAGUAGAUAAUGCCAGCGGUUACAUAAAGGUGGCUGAUAGGGUGCAGUUAUGAGGACAUGGCAGGUGAAUUUUGUUUUUCAGAGAAUUGAGUAUACCUGGUUUGGUUCCUGUUGAAGGAGGAAAUGAUGCUAAAUAAGUCUGGACUCUGGUGGUUUUGGUGCUCUUCAUUGGGAUCACAAGGGAGAUGUUUUAUGUGCUGCUACUUUUGAAAAUCUCUUUCUGUAUUUUGAUUAAAAAUAUUGUUUGUUUGUGUCAUUUGAUUUGUUACUGUAACUCUUCAUCUGUGUUGGGUGCACUUUUGGAAAUCAGUAUACAAAAUUUGGCUGAAUGAAGAUGUGAAU